AUGGCACACAUCUUCGACAUCGCCGGCCAAGUCGACGUUGGACCAGCAUACGCCGACGGCCGCAAAACUGGUCCAUUCCCAGUCCAGUAUCCAUCAACGGGCGCAUUCCAGGGCUUCAACGCGCCCUCGCGCAUCGAAGGCACCGUUGAGUGCCUGACAUACACUGGCACAAUCCCCUCUUCAAUCAACGGCACAUUCUACCGCAUCCAACCAGACGCCCGCUACCCGCCCCUCUUCGAAGACGACAUCCACUUCAACGGCGACGGCAGCGUGACCGCCAUCCACAUUAACUCCUCCCUCGCCUCCUUCACCCAACGUUAUGUGCAUACCGAGCGAUACCUCCGCGAGACAUCCGCCCGGAGGGCUCUUUUCGGCCGCUACCGUAACCCUUUUACGGAUUCGCCUACCGUCGCUGGUGUGAUUCGUACUGCUGCGAACACUAAUAUUACUUUCUAUCGUGGUAUGUUGCUUGCGUCCAAGGAGGACGGACCGCCAUAUGCGAUGGACCCGACUACGCUCGAGACGCUGGGCCGGUAUGACUUUGAAGGCCAGAUCCGCACUCCUAGCUUCACCGCGCAUCCCAAAUUCGACCCCAAUACGGGGGAGAUGCUGUGUUUCGCGUACGAGGCCGGUGGGGACGGGCACGACGCGAGCCGCGAUGUGGUUGUGUGGACCGUCAGCAAGGAAGGAAUUGUAACGGAGGAACUGUGGUUCGAGGCGCCGUUUUGUGGCAUGAUACACGAUUGUGGGAUUAGUGAGAAUUAUGUGGUGUUGCCGUUGACACCGUUGAAGGCGGAUGCGGAGAGGUUGAGGCGAGGUGGAAAUCAUUUCGCGUGGGAUGGGCAGGAGGAUCAGUGGUAUGCGCUUGUGCCGAGGAGAGGUGGGAGGAAGGAGGAUGUUAGGUGGUUUAGGGCUGAUAACGGGUUUCAUGGCCACAUCGCAGGAUGCUAUGAGAACGAAGCCGGCCAUAUUGUGUACGAUCUCACAGUCGCAGAUGGCAAUGUCUUUUUCUUCUUUCCGGAGGAUGGCAAAAAGCCUGUUCCCCCCAACAAGCGGAGCCAACUGAACAGUCCGACGACUCGCUGGAUCUUCGACCCGUCAGCGCCGUCGGGUACGCGGGUGAAGCCUGCUGAGGUGUGGGACACCAACGGAGAGUUCAGCCGCAUCGACGACAGAUGGGUGACCAAGAGAUACAACCAUUUCUGGCAACUGUGUAUCGAUCCGUCGAAGCCGUAUGACUUUGCCAAGUGCGGUCCGCCGGCUGGUGGGCUGUUCAACACGAUGGGCAGGUUCAGCUGGGAGGGUAAGGUCGAAGAUAAGUGGUUUGCUGGCCCGACGUGUACAUUGCAGGAGCCGACGUUUAUUCCGGAACAGGGCGGUGGUGAAGGUGAUGGGUGGGUGAUAUGUCUGCUCAAUCAUCUGGAUAUGCUCAGGAAUGAUGUUCUGAUCUUUGAGAGUUUGAACAUAGCGAAGGGACCGAUUGCUGUGAUCAAUUUGCCAUUGAAGCUGAAGCUAGGUCUGCAUGGCAAUUGGGUUGAUCAGACUGAUAUCGAUGAGUGGGCAGAAAAGCGGAAGGUUGGAGGAGAGGCAGGCCUUGUGAAACUUGCCGAGAAGCCUCUGCUAUGGCAGGAGAGGUUAAUGGCGGCCAGCAACGGCGUGGCAAACGGCGUCAAUGGCCACACUUAA